GCAAUAAAAAAUUUAUUGUAAAAUUAGUUUCGUUUUCUACAGAAAUAUUUCGUCGCCUGUGAACGUUUAAGCCCUAUUUUCUGAUUUGAUGUACUGAAUAUUUUUAAUUCAAAAUGAACAACGUUCGAUCUUUCUUCGACAGGCUGAGGAACUCACCAAUCUUAGGAGGCCGAAGAACUGAACAAAUAUUAACAGAAGGGUCCACGUCGGGUUUGUCAUCCACUAUACAAGAACGAAACGUGAAAUCGUUUUUAGAGGACUGCUUUAAUCAACCAGUAAAUGUUUUAAAUAUUCUGACCACUGAGAAAUCACCGGCAAACGAAAUUCCUGUUGUUAUUAAAAUAACCGUAGUAGCAAAAAUAGGACGAAGUAGAAUAAGCGAGGAUGUCCAUAUCAUUAUAAAAAUGCUCCAAGAAGAAACAUUUUUUAUCGGCGAUAAUUCAAAAUUGUUGAUGCGACUGGACCAUCUAACUAAAAUAAAAAAGGAAAUAUGCGUGUUCGACUUAGUUAUGGAAGCUUUCAUAAAAUUUCAAAAACCGAAGAACAUUAAGAUAAAAAAUCAAUUUUUCAAUUUAUUUGAGACAUGCAUAAGUUCCAGAGUUAGUUCAUAUGAAUCAAAUGAUGCCAAAUUUGCAUUGCCUGAUCCUUCAAGUGCUAUACUAUAUAACGAUUUGAGAUACGAUAAGUUUUAUUUUGAAGACGAGCUUCUAGACUUUGACUACCCUACCACCCAAGAAGUAGUUAAAAAUUUGGCUCGAAUGCAUGCGACGUCUGUGGCUUUCAGAUUGCUCGAGCCCGAACGAUUUAAUGAAGAAGUUCUUUCUGUUUUGGAGUUGAAAGAAAGAGACUAUGUCGUAAAGCCAACCUUUCCCGUUCACCUAAACCGAAAGUUGCUAAAAUUCUGUUUGAAAGAUAGCUUCUUCAAUAUAGACGUUAUUCUUGCAGAUAUUGCACAGUAUUCUAUCCUCAAUUGGUAUUCAACAAUAUCUGAAGAUCAAGAAUGGAUGGCUUUAUGCCAUUCGCAGUACUGGAUUCCUAAUAUAUUGGUUAAAAGAAAUAGAAAGAGACAGGCAAUUGCCAGUAAAGCCACAGCAUUACAUAAACUUGAGUUUAAUAAUUGCUGUCGCGAUUUGGCGUUUUUUUUGUUUACAAGUGUUGAGCCUAAAAUGUUAGAAAUGCAUUUUGAAGAUAUACUGAGGAUGUAUGUUAAAACAUUUGAAUGGGUUUUGGCAAUACACAGUGUCCCUGAUAUCAUCUGUGCUGCUUACAUCUACGAGGAAUUUCUAAAAGAGUUCGAUGUCCAAGGUCCUAAAAUCAUAUAUAAUUUAUUGACCGAUCUUCUACAAGUGACUUGUGACGAAUAUACGGAAGGAGGACUACCAAUUCUAAAUGCCCGAUAUAAAGAAAAAGUUAUCCGCGUUUUAAAACUUAUGGCACACUUUGAAUGGAUAAGUCCUGAAUGUCGAAAUCGCUAACAAUAAAAUAUUCCCAGUAUUGACACAAUACAUGUCUAAUUAUUUGUUCUGUACUUAUUGUCAUUUUAAAUACAUAUUGGCAUGCAUCAGUAGUAUACAAUUUUGAAACUGAUAUAUAAGUAAGCAAAACUUGCAAGUUUAAUGUACGAAGACGCUAAUUUUUGACUUUCCGUUUUAAGGAACGUUUAGGCUAAUUUUACUGUUGUAGUUUAGUUAAUUUUAUUGCAUUAUUGCAAAUAGAAAAUUAUUAUAAAAAUAAGUCUGUAGGUUUUUAAUUGAAGCAAUGCGCUUUAAAAAGUAGCUUCUGGCUCUUCUUAUUCAAAUGACAUUACAUUUGAAAUCUAUACCUUCUAUUCUGGUUGUAAGUAGAAACCAAAGAUAUUAUCAUUUUUAUAAUAAAUCAUCUAUUAAAA